CCAAUCACGGAGCAUCUUAGUGUUUUCAUGGAUUCCUUGCUGUGGGUUGAAGUCGAGAAGGAGCGAAAACCAGUCCUAAAAGCGUGCGGCGUGUGGCCCACAAUGGAGGAAGGUGAAGAUUUUUCCCUUUGCGGUAAAGCAGCUGUAACUGAUGCUAAUCUGAGGGAUGAUUACUAUUGGAAGCUUGUUGCUGAUUUCAUUGGUCCUCAGUCAGGGGAAGGUUUAGAGCUGGAACAGGCGCCAUGCAAGAAUAGAUUUUUGAUUCAAGUAGGACUUAUGAAAGAGGAUAAUAAUUUCCCGUGGAUUGCCAUUGUAGAUUGGCUCAAGAGAAUCUUCCCUGGACAUUAUUCAGCAGAUUUUCGACGCUUGAUUGAAAGAGGUACUGCAACAACACUGAGCCUAGGAGCCGAUGCACGGGUGACCUUUUUGGAGUCAGAUGUCAACUUUAAUUUUGUUGGCCCAAUAUGUGACAGUAUUGGAGUUGAACGACAUCAUCUUUUACAAAUGAGAGAUUUUUCAGAGCGAGCACAGUCCAUUGAAGUGACAAAUGGGUUGAUUUUUGAGUUGAGCAACUUUAUUGCCAGAGAAAAAAUUGCCCCAGUUGUUAUAGUUACUUGGCUGAGAAACUUUAACCCUGAGUUCUGUAAGGAUGGUGAUAUUCAAAAAGCAUACAAAGUCAUUAAAAGCAAGCUAAAAAAAUUAAAACUGUAUAGUCGCAAUUCUGAAACAAGAAGUCACCGGAGGAAUGUAGCAAUAGAAAAUGUACUUCAAAGUCCGUUUGAACUGGUGCCAAAAAAAGAACCCAAAUAUCUUAUGAAGAAACGUAUGAGAAGAGAUGAAACUGUUGACUAUGACAAAAUUAGAAUUAAGCAGGAAAAUGAGAGUUUUGAAAUCAUGCAAGGUGAGGGUUCCGAGAUGAACAGAGGCGUGGUAAAGAAAAUCCUACUAAAACAACAUGUGCCUUCACUUGAGGAAAGUGAUGAUGACUUGGGCAAAUAUGCCAAUGAAAAAGAAGCAUCAGACAGCAAAGGAGAGGCACUAACCCUGCUUGACAUUGCAAUGCUGUCUGUUAAAAAGCUGUCAAGUGUUUAUGGCAGCAGAACCACAGCAUGCAACCAAGUUUCUAUUGAUCUUCUGAAAAAUCAGUUUAUUCUAACGUGCAAGGAGCAUCCUGCCCUGGCAGAGUUCGAUGCAAAGCUUGCCUCCCUGUGUGACGACAUUUCCCUGCCAUCUCCUGUGGUGUUUUUGAACUACAACGCCAAUUUCCUUGUUGAUGUACACGACGCAGUUGAUCAGCAUAUUAUGAACUUUGAAAAAGAGAUCAUCAUGUCGAGCGGGGAAAAACUGGGGCGCGAUAAGCUUCAGAAAUUCCAGAACAUUGUGAACAUGUCAGAAAGUUCAGCUUCGCGCUACAUUCACAUGGCUUGUGAUGUCUUGAGCCCCCGCACCCCUGGUAAACUGAACUACAGAAAGUACUGGGUAGCAUUCUGUAAGGAGAAGGAAAAUCCCUGCAAACUUGUAGUAAAUGAGUCAAACCACUUCAACAACUACUUUGAAGCCGCAGCUGGACUUAUUCACCAUCACAAAGAGACAGCUCUGUUUUUUUCUGACCUGCUGUCACUGAAUGAUGACACUCGUCCAAACAUCAUUCUUCAGAGUGUAGCUGCCGACGCAAAUGACUCUGUGAUUCAGAGCCUUGUAUGUGUUGUGGCCAUUGUAUACUGCAAAGUCAUUGGUCCUUAUUGGCAGCUUCUGAAAAGUGGAGGAGAGUACUCGCAGUACAGCCAGUACUUACUGAGUCUUUACCAAAAGUUCCUUGACUGGGCCAAAAACCCUUCAGCUCUGCUGGAACCUGAAGAAGACUCAAACGUCUUUCUGCAGUUCCCGUUGCAAGAGAAGACGUUUGAUGGUGUUUUUCAGUAUUGUGGGCAGUGGCACACAAACAGGGAACUGAUCCGAGCUUGCUUAAAGAGGACAAUCAAAGGGAUUGCAGCCGUCACUGAGGAACACUUGAGGGAUUUCCUGCCAGGAGGAAAAUUCUCUCAACUCCCUUCACAGGAUCUAAGUCUGGAGCUGGUCAGUUGCACGUUCUCUGUGCUGAUGGCGGAAUAUCCCUUUGGCCACGGUUAUCCCUAUCAGAAGAAGACCCCCGACAAGUCAUCCAGGCGCUCCUCUCAAAGGAACCUGUCAUCAGAGAGCAGUCAGGAAGAUGGCUCAUGUAACGAGAGCUCAGAUGAUUCGUUCGAAAGGCAAGGUAGACGCAAAAUAAGCUAUGGUGAUGAACCGAGAAGAAGUUACAGACAUAAAAAGGAAGUGACAGGAAGGCUACAGAAAAGGGCGAGUGAGCAGAACAUGGACAGGGACUACAUAACAGCUAUGGUAAACAGGAAUGGAGGGCCGUGCAAGUCGCAGACAGAUGUCGACAAAAUGAUGCUCCGUUUUGAGGCAAAGUCCAGGGCUGAGAAGCGAGAAAUGGUCCGAUGUGAGAUCCUGUACCAGAAACUGAUUCUGAACAACACCAGCCCACACUUGGACUGCAUUUUCCGCAAUGCCACUCAAAUGGUUUUGAAGCUAAAGCUGGCGCUUCCCCGUGUUAAACCUGGGUACUCGCUUGUUUUGGCGCCUAGAAAGACAAGGCCAAAGGCGGCGGUUGAAGAGCCAGCGGACGCUGAAAUGGAGCAGAGUCACAGCACGUGGGACUAAUAAGAGGAACAGACAUGUGACACGUGACCGCCUCAUAAUCAUGUGUUAGAAACAAACACUAUAAUAUCUACUCUGUAUAACUGUGUAUAUAUCAUGUUAAGCAUGUGUUAUAAAUCUGUCUUUUUGAAUCAAUUACUUUAAUUUUAUGAAUUGUUUGCAGUUUUUCACAUUAACUCAACAACUUUGUUGUAGUGAAAUGUGACAUAAAUCUUUUAUUUUUUUAAUUGAAGAUGUCUCAUAAACUAAUGACUGCUCACCUAACAUAUGUCAUACUGUAUGAAUCACUGUGAGAAUGUAUUAAACAUCCACUCUAGAAACAACA